UAGAGUGGUGGUGGUUUGUUAAGACGACGAUGAGACGGCAGGUUGGAUUCAUUUCGACUACUAAAGGUUGAGCGAGGAGGAGCGAAGACAAUCUCUUCUUAAAAAAACUUCAGUUUGCACUUUCUUUGUAAUCCGCUUCUUUUAAGUUAGCUUCAAGAUGCCUCUGCUCACUAUCAGCACCAAUGUCAAGAAAGAGAAGAUCCCUGCCGACUUUCUGAAGACGGCAUCCGUUGCUAUGCACGAGACCGUCGGGGCCAUUUCAGUGUACGUAAACCCAGAUCAGAUGAUGGCAUUUGGAGGAAGCGCAGAACCAUGUGCAAAGGUCGACUUCAUCAGCGCUGGAAAGAUCGGAAAAGAAGAGAACAAGAAACACACAACGGCAAUCACAGCACUCAUGGAGAAACUGGGCGUGCCAUCUAACAGGUAUGUAAUAAAGGUUUAG